AUGGAAGGAGAACUCGGUCCCUGUGAUCCUUUGUCCAAUUGCUCGCCUUCUGGCUUGCGGGAGAUGAGGGAAGUGUUUGCCUCGACCAAAGUCUCGUCUGUCUCGGUUGCCGAUCGUCAUCACUUGCUUUUUUUUGGGCCAGGAGAACAGCCAAAUCCGACCGUGAAACCGGACAUUCAUGUGAAAAAGAUCAUGCUCUCAGUAUGGUGGAAUAACAAGGUGCUUGUGGAUUUCGAGCUUCUACAACCCGGCCAAACAGCCACAUCCGACCUCUACAAACAGGAACUUGAUCGGGUCAAUGAAACUCUCAUUCGU